CUUACGACAUGUUCAAUAUUAAAUUGCUGCUUUUGUUGUUGGCCCUUUCGUGGUUCCACCAUGGACAAGCCGCCAGGACAACCGAGGAAAUACCAGAAUCAGAGCCUGAAACUGAGUCCGAAGUAGAGAUCUCCACGGAUUCUACACCAACAACGAGAGUCUCAAGUAAAUGCAAUAUUUACUAUAGGAACUACCAAUGGGUUCUUCAGGAUUGUGUCUGUCGUUGUUUCCAAAACGAAUGCCUUAUGCAAAUCGAGAGCGAUCAGCGCAAAAAGGAGGGUAGAUCCCCGUUUGUGCCCGUUACGGAGGAACUCUGCCGUUCCUUCAUCAGCAGAAAGUGUAGCGUGGGUUUCCCCGUGGUUGCUGAAUUCCCCAUUCCGGCUCCCUGUGGCUGCAAUCGAAAGCCAGGAUCAAUUGCCACAGAGAGAUUCUACAGUUUGUGCCACCUGCUGAAAUUCUCAGCGGAGAACAGGAAACCAUUCCUGACUUAUUCUUAUUGUUGGCCCUUCUAAGUGAAA